UCUCAUUUUCAUAUAAUUGGCAACAUAACCUCUGAAUUAUUUGCUCCUUUUUUCGGCAUCUUCUUGUUGACAAUACUUCAUUAUUGAUAAUUAGUGAGUAAAAAUAAGUAUUACCAGUCGUAAUAAUAAUAAUAUCAAUUUUUUAAAAUACAACAAUGACUUGGCAAACAUUAUUAAAUCAUGCUCAUCAAAAAUUGCAAGUAUCAUUUCCAAAAAAUAUUUACAACAAAUCAAAAACUGAAAAUGAUGUUAUGAAUGUGGUAAUGAAAAAUACUGAAGUUGGAACUUUAUUAAAUGUAUGGUUGCAAAAACAACAUGAAACAAAAAGUCAAAAAUCAAAAGAAAAAGCCAAAGUAGCAAGAGAAAGUGGUAAUAGUUAUUUUAAAAAACAAGAUUAUGUUAAUAGUCUUCAGGCAUAUACUGAAUGUGCCAGACAGGCAUCUGGUGAUACUGAAGAAUUUUCAGUUGCACUUGCUAACAGAUCAGCAGCCUUGCUUCGUUUGGCAAGAUACAGUGAAUGUCUGGAAGAUAUAACUGCUGCAAUUGAAGCAAAUUAUCCAAAAAGAUUAUUGCACAAGGUACAUUACAGAGCAGCUGAAUGUCAUAAUUUUCUUCGUAAUUUGGAGCUAGCUGUUAAACAAGUUGAAAAAGCCAAGGAAACACUUCAAAUAAAUGACAGAUCAGUAUCACCAUCAAGAAAACAAAUUCUUUUAGAUAAAUAUACAAAAUUUGAAUUACAAAUAAAAGCUGAUCCUGAAUUUGCUAAACAAAAGAAAAAGAAACUUGAUGAAAUUUACAUGACGCCAGAUAAAUUGUUAGAAAAAAAUUUAGAUUAUCCAUCAGCAUCACAAUCACUUGAAGUUAAUCAUUCAUUGACAAAAGGACGUUUUGUAACAGCAAAAGCUCCAAUACAAAAAGGUGAUUUUCUUUAUGUUGAAAAACCAUUUGCAUUUGUACCAUUAUUUCUUGAUUCAUCAGACACAAUAUGUGCUCAUUGUUGUGGACCACAAGCUGAAGUUACAUUUCCUUGUCGUACGUGUUUGGAACUUUCAUAUUGUACUUCAAAGUGUUGGUCAUCAUCAUGGCCCAAUUAUCACAAAUGGGAAUGUUCCGGUUACCAAAUGGGUAUUUGGCGUCAAAUUGGAAUUGCCCACUUGGCACUUAAAGUACUCUUGAUAUCCGUGACGACCACUGAAAUUUUACAGUUCAAUAAAGUUCAAAAGUUAGUUACAAACAUUGACAAGCUUUCUGAAGAUGAUCUCAUAGUUUAUGGCAUUUCUGCUAAUAUGCUUGCUGACUAUCUCGAAUCAUACACUGAUUUUUUUACAAAUGUUGAUUUUAAAAAAAAUCUUGUUGAUAAAUUUGACGGUAAUGAUAGUGGUAUAUCAUUUGAAAUUAAUAGUAAUAAAGAAAAAAAAUUAUUCAUCUGUUCAUUAUUACUACGUUUUAUGCUUCAAUUAAUUGCAAAUGGUCAUGCAAUAACAAGAUUGGAUCUUAUUAAUCCAGAAAAAGAAAAUGUUGUUGAAGAACAACAACAAAGAGUUGCUGUUGGUAUUUAUCCAUCACUUUCCAUGAUGAAUCAUUCUUGUGAUCCAAUGAUACUUAACACUUUUUGGAAUGACACAUUAAUCGUUAAAGCAACGAAGAACAUUCAAGUUGGCGAGGAGGUGUUCAAUUGUUACGGUCCGAAUUUCCGUCGAAUGCCGGUUAAAGAACGUCAACGAGCAUUGAAAAGUCAAUACUGUUUUAAAUGCACAUGCAACGCUUGCAUCAAUCCUGACAUGCAACGUUUUUUGGAUCGUUUUGUAGCAUUAAAAUGUCCAGUGUGUAAUGGAGCACUGGAUGGAUUAAAUAAAACCCAACUAAAAUGUCUUGAUUGUAAAUCAACACCAUCACUUGAUCUCAAAGAAAUAGUUGAUAAUUUAAAAAAAGCUCAAUUACUAUUUGAAACAUCACAACAAUCAUUGUUUAUGGGAAAAAAUGAUGAGGCAUUAAAAAAAUUAUUAGAUUGUUUAGAAAUACGUGAAAGAAUAUUGUAUAAAAAUCAUGAAGACAUUGCAUUGACAUUGGAUGCACUUGGUAAAGUUAAUGUUAUGAUGGAAAAAUGGUUUGAUUCAAUUAAUUUUUUGGAACGAAGUAUUUCACUUGUCGAAACAAAAUAUGGCAUUGACAGUAUUGAAGUGGCUAAUGAAUUGAACAAGAUAACAGAUGUUUGUCUUCAGUAUCUUCAACAAAAAGAUAUUGAUCGUAAUUCCGAUGAAUAUGAAAAUGUUGUUGAGAAAACUGGAACUUUUCUUGAACAAGCUGAAGAAAUAACGAAGCUAAUUAGUGGUCCAUGGAGCAUCGUUUGUCAAGAACUACAUGAUAAAAAAGAAGAACUAUCAACAUUACUAAAAUCACUUAAUUUACAAAGUAAUUAAAAUAACAAUUAUUUUUUUUAAUUUUAAUUCCGUAAAUAAGACUAUAAACUAAAAAGAAAACAAAAAUAAUAUUUUAUAAAGUUUUCUAUGAUCAAUUGUGUAUUUUUUUUUUUUUUAAAUUUUUUUUCAAUUAUUAAUAAUUUCCAGUACCGAUUUAUCAAAUGUUCUUUUUUAUCUUCUGAAAAAUAUAAAUCCUUUUUAGAAAUAAAAAUUAAUUAGAACAAAUUUAAACAGGUUUGAGGUGUUUUUUUUUUUUUUUCGAUUUUGAAAGAGAAUAAUGUUUAAAUACUUAAACCUGUAUUUAUUUAUAUAUAUAUAUAUUUUUUUUUUUCAAUAAUCGCGUUCAUGUAAAGUAUAUAAUAUCAAAUCACAAAAAGAUAAUCAUCACUCAAUUGUACCAACGAAAAUACAAGUUUACGUAUGACAAGUCAGUCGACUCAUUUUAAUCCACUCAUCUCUUAUCAAUUUAUUUAUAUUUAUUUUUAAAAUUUAAUUAUAAUAUAAUAUAUAUCUAUAUAUAUAUUUUUUUUUUAUAAUCUGGCCCUUUCAUUUAUUUAUAGUUUUUUUUAUUUUUUUUAUUUUUUUUUUAAUUACAAAUUUUAAUAACAAUUAUUUGUAGAGGUGUUUCAUCGAAAUGAGACUGACGAUAUACAAUUCAUUCACGUCUCAAAUGUUUAUCAAAAAAAAAAAAAAAAAAGUAAAUAAUAAAAUUGUAAAUAUAUUUGACGUAUCAAUGAGGGGGGAUGGAAUAAAAAUAGGGACAUAAUAAAAUAAAACAUACAAUAAAAUAACAAAUACUUAAAAAACGCAAUCAAUCAUUCUUUUUUAUUUUUUAAAUGAAUGAUUGAAUGCGUACUAAAAUUGGUAAAAAUAAUGACGAUCAAAGUUUUACCGAUAUUUCGAUUAACGUCCUUUAUAAAUUUUUUUUUUUCCUCUGUUCGCAUUACAUUGUUCGUUAUUCAUGAUUUUACAUUGUUCAUUCAACGAUUUUUUACUAUAUAAACCCUCAUUUUACUUUGUUUCUGUGGAGUUUUUGUGGUUUUUUUUUUUCUUUUUUUGUUUAUAAUUAAGUUUUUUUUUG